ACGAUGAACACAUUACACAAAACUUUCCUUACGACACUCUGUGAAUAUUUGUGAUAAUUUUUCAGUUUCAGUGCUUGUGUCUGAACUGUCAUUUCACUUGGUUUGUAUGUUUUGAUGUUCGCUUUUAUCGCACACACAUCCACCACAGUACCGAACCGAGUACAUAAUAUUUUCAAUGUUGGUACGCGUGCAUGUCAAAUCUACAGAGUACGUAAAUCGUAAACAAUACGGAAAAAAUCCAACUCGUACCGAUUCAGACAAGUUGGUUAUUAUAGUUGUUGGUUUUUUGCGUGCAUGGCAAUUUCUAUGCUAUAUGUGCAUACAUUGGCCAAUGUGCUUAAUAAAUUGAGGUAAUUUUCUGAAAAACCGAAACUACCUUGACCACACACACACAUCACCAUCAUCAUCUAAUCAUUUGUUAAGGAAUGGCGAAAAAAGCGAAAAUCCGAGCAGUUCUCAUCGAUUUAAGUGGAACACUUCAUGUUGAUGAUGAUCCAACACCGAAUGCCAUUCCAGCCUUGCAAAAGCUCCGAUCAAUAGACGAUGUUGAAUUACGUUUCGUAACCAAUACAACGAAAGAAUCAAAAGAAACACUUUUGGAGCGUUUACAUCGCAUCGGCUUUUUAUCCAUUAAUAAAACAGAUAUGUUUACAUCAUUAUCAGCAGCAGUGGAAUAUGUGAAAACGAACAAUUUGAGACCAUUUUACUUGCUGACUGAAGAUGCAAAACGAGAUUUUAUCGAGCAAACUGAGAAUGUAUCAGCAACGACAGCGACGACGACGACCGAUUCAAACAAUGAUGUCGAUGGUACGGAAAAUGCUGUUGUUGUGGGACUAGCGCCCGAUCAGUUUGUUUAUGAGAAAAUCAAUAAAGCGUUUCGUGUAUUGAUGAAAGAAGACAGUAAAUUGAUUGCGAUUCAUGAGGGAAAAUACUUUAAGCGUGGCGAUGGUUUAGCUGUUGGGCCCGGAUUAUUUACGCGUGGUCUUGAAUAUGUGUCUGGAAAACCGGCACACAUUAUUGGCAAACCAAAUUCGUAUUUUUUCAAUUGUGCCAUCCCAAUGGGAUUAUCACCGCACGAAUGCUGCAUGAUUGGCGAUGAUAUCAAUGAUGACAUUUUUGGCGCUAUGAAUGUUGGUAUCAAGGGAAUUUUGGUGAAGACUGGCAAAUACAUCGCUAAUAUUGAGGAUAAAUAUCCAAAUAAACCAACAAAGAUUGUCGAUUCAUUUGCUGAUGCUGUUGAUUGGCUUAUAAGCGAAAAUUUUACGGUAUGAAGUCAAUUAAAAUCACUUCAUUUGCAUCAAAACAACAACAAUAGAAUCCAAUCAAAUUGUACACAUAUGUAAUUAAAAUAAUGAAAUAAACCGAAUGUGUUUUAUGACAAUAAAAAAAAACCGUUGCGAUAUUAUUUUAAUUGAAAACAUUCAUCGAUGAAUCAUUUUAAUUGCAACAGAUUUAAAAGACGUAGAAGACGUAGUUGUUGUUGUUGAUAGUGUAAAAGUGUUGAUAUUGACUUGCCACCAGAGACUUAACACAUAUUCACAUUCAUGAUAACCUUUUUGAUAAGUUCUGCUACAAAAUAUGACAAACAAUUUUUUAUUCCAUUUCCCUAAUGAAUUGAAAGCCCCCCGUACGUAACCAUCGCGUUAUCAAUAUUCUAAAUAUUUUGUGGCCUUGUUUAUUUGUUCAUGCCGUGCGUAUCACUAGCAACGUAUGGAAAACUUUUUUAAUUAUUAUCAAAAUAUGCAUCACCACCAAAUUGAAUGUGAUUUAAAAAGUAUCGAUACGGGGACAACAGCACUUCAGUUGAAAGUGAACCUUUGAAGCAUUCGAAGCGAUUAAAUUUUGCAUCUAGUGAAUAUUAUAUAAACGUAAAGCAGCAAACAAAAUGGGAAUCAUCACUCCAAUUAUAUUGGGUAUCGUUGCUCUGCAAACAUAUCUACUCUUACGACGUAAACGUGAACCUGAAAAGCGCGUCGAACCUACGUACGUAUUUUUGCCACCUGACACACUUCCACCAAAAGAAGUUUCCGCACUUUUGAAUAGAACACCACCACCCAGCUACGACGCAAAGCCCCUCAAGUACUAGUGUGUUAUACCGGAAAAAGACCAACUGCGAAAUAAACCUAAGUGCGAAAUGAUUGUGUAUAUGUGUUUUUCGUGACCAAAAAAAGGACUGACCGGAUGUUUUUUAUUUCGAAAAUAAGCGAAUGUACGCACUACCCAGCCACACACAAAAUCAACAUACUCGAGCUCUUUCUUUUUUUGUCAUAAAAACUUCAAUAAGUUGAGAAUUUAUUAUCUUUAAGGGUUUUUAUUUUUUUUUCCAUUUUUGUAUCAAUAGCUUGGACAAAUAAAACUUCAAAGAGCGAA